AUGAUAGGAAACCAGUUUAUAACUUCUGAUGAUGAUGACUUUCUUCCCAAAAAAGAUCGGGCACUUGAGCAAGUCGAGGCUAUUGUCAGAACCGACGCGGUUUGUAACAUUUGUUCUCCUGAAUGCGUUAGUCCUCUUAAUGAGAUAGAUAAGAUAUUGGACUGUGAAAUGCGUCCUACAAUACCUAGUGAAGAAGAUUCCUCAGAAGCGGCACCAAAGCAAGUUUGUGUGAAACAGUAUCUCGUGAAGUGGAUGUCAUAUCUUCACUGCUCUUGUGAUGAGACUUUAUGUGGCCAACAUGAAAGCAGCGGAUGUUAA